ACAUGAUUUGGACAAUACUUAUCUUGCUAACAAAAUCAAUGCCAUAAAUCAGACGAAGAGAUCAAUCAUUACGCUUUUAGUUAGUAUAAUUGAUUACGAACCUCCUCCUGAUACCUUGAUUGUUCCAGAUAAACACGUCUUGGAUAAACACAUUCUUAAAUUAGAAGAUAUUUUACAAAAUAAUGUCAGCUAUACACCUGUUAGUAGACCAACUCAUCAGACGAUCAGAAAGUCUUUGUCAAGGAGAUCCCAAGCUAUGUUGGCUCAUAUGAAACAAACUAUAACGUCAAGAUGUUCUGUAUUUUCUAGUUUGUUAACCGCCCUUGAAGCGAAUCCUAUCCUACGUUUAGAUAUCAAUGCUCCAUUAGAGGUUAAAGUCAAUGUGAUACUUCUUUCAAAUACUGAAAACUCAUUAGAAAUUCUACAAGGUGAAAUAGAAUGA